AACAGUACCACAAACUGACAUUUAACCGUCAAAAUUUUUUCGUCCAAACCUGAAAAAUUCCAAAAAUUUUGUUUACCCUGGAACUUUUUCAUAAUAAUUUAUUUAUGUUUACCUUUUAUAUUUUGUAAAAUUAAAAAAUCCACCCAAAUUAUUAAAAUAAAAAUUCCAUCUUCAAAAUGGAUUGCAAUUUAAAAACUUCCUCCAUGGUGAUUUUAAUUUUUACCAUCAUCUCAUACUAUCAUUCCCUUCCUGGAACAUUUGUUUUCGACGAUACAGUGGCCAUAGUUAAAAACAAAGAUGUUACAAAAUCACCUAUAUCAUUGCACUCACUACUCAAUCAUGAUUUCUGGGGUGCUAAUCUAACAGACACCGAAAGUCACAAAUCCUACCGUCCACUGACAACUCUUCUAUUCCAUUUUGAAUAUAGUAUUCUUCAAUUAAGGAGUUAUCAUAUGAAAACAAUCAAUUUGAUAAUGCAUUUCUUGAAUUGUCUUCUAGUUUUGUAUUUGUUUUAUAGAAUAACUAGGAAUAAGACAACUGCAUUUAUAGGAGCACUUUUAUUUGCUGUGCAUCCAAUUCACACAGAAGCCGUGUGUGGAAUUGUUGGAAGAGCAGAAUUGCUUUUCUGCUUUUGCUUCUUAAUAUCGAUUAUUUUAAUAGACUCAAUUGAUGAUAAUUGUUCAUUGAAUAGAAUGAAAUGUCUAGGAAUAGUUGUCAUCUCAGCAGUUGGUCUGCUGUGUAAGGAAAGCGCUAUAACUAUUCUCCCAACUUGUGUAUUCUAUGACCUCGUCAAAAGAGCAAAAAAGGAAGACCUAACUUGGAGUAAUAUCAUUCGUAAAAUCUAUGUUAUCUUUGCUUUGAUAACUUCUCUACUUUUGUACCUUCGUUUAUGGAUUCAGAAUUUUGAAAGUCCCAAAUUCAAUGCAAUGGACAAUCCAAUUGCAGCCAACGAAGAUCUCUUAACAAGAAUUCUCUCUCAGAAUUUUCUCUACUCUCUCAACUGUUGGAUUCUUAUUUGUCCCAUUUGGCUGAGUUUUGAUUGGGCUUUGGGUUCUGUAGAACUUGUUACUACUCCACAGGAUAUUCGUUUCUCUGGAAUUGUACUUAUGUAUUUGAUUAUUGUCAAAAUACUCCAAACAAAAUCAAGAACAUUGAUAAUUGGACUUGGAUUUUUGAUUAUUCCAUUUCUGCCAGCAUGUGGAGUUAUUAAAGUUGGUUUUGUCAUAGCUGAGAGAGUCUUAUAUGUACCUUCGAUUGGAUUUUGUCUUGUAGUUGCUUGUUCAUUUCAAAAUCUGGCAGCAAAGAUAUCCGAACAUAAGAAAUUAUUUUUCUUUGCAUUUUUAUCUGUGAUAUAUCUCCUUACACUUCGGACUCGUGAAAGAUCCACUGAAUGGAUGACAGAAGAGCUUUUAUUCUCGUCAGCUCUCACAGUGUGUCCGAAUAAUGCAAAAGUUCAUUAUAACAUUGCUCGUCUAGCAACUGAUAAAGGAGAAAAGAAAAAAGCAUUUUAUCAUUAUCACAAAGCAAUCGAUCUGUAUGGAAACUAUGAAGCGGCAUUGAUGAAUUUGGGUAAUUUAUAUAGAGAAAUUGGUGACUAUCAAACUGCAGAAUACUAUAUUAAGCAAUCACUUGAAGUACUCGAGGAAUUUCCAGCUGCUUGGAUGAAUUUGGGAAUUGUUCAAGCAACGAGAAAGAAACACUCGGAAGCAUUACAGAGUUAUCGAAAUGCUCUGAAAUAUCGUAAACACUAUCCAGUGUGUUAUUAUAACAUGGGCAAUUUAUUUUUAGAAAUUCAUGAAUUCUCAGAAGCAAUCAAACACUGGCAAGAGUCAGUAGCAUUGAAUCCUUAUCAGCCUAAAGCAUGGGCAAAUAUUUUAACGCUUUUAGACAAUCAGCAACUAUUUGAUGAUGCUUUGCGAUUAUCCAAUCAGGCAAUGAGAUAUCUUCCUAAUGAAACAUCAAUAAUGUUUAUUAGAGCUAAUGUGCUGGGGAAGAUGAAAAAUUAUGUGGAAGCUGAAGAGUUGUAUAAACGUGUGAUACAAGCUGAACCGAUGAAUGCAUUGUAUCAUAGCAAUUUUGGAGUUCUCUAUCAUCGAUGGGGAAAUGUUGAUUUAGCUACAAAGAGCUAUUUAACUGCCAUUAAAUUAGAUCCGAAAUCAAAGACUGCACGAGAUAAUCUUAGUAAAUUAAGAAAAAAAUAAUUAAAAAAAUAUAUGUAGAAAAAUUGUGUGUAUGUAUGUUUAUUUUGUAAAUAAAAAAUUAUUUAUUAUUAUC